AAUUAAUUACUAGGUGACGUGAUUCUUAUCAGUGUUUGGUUUUGAACAGAAACAUCAGAAGGUGUAUCUUGGUGAGUUAUGGUAACAACAUAGCCCACUCAUAAAGAUCAUCAUGGUUAAACUUAAUCAAAUGUUUUGAUAGUUAACGCUAGCUAAUGUUAUAUUUAGUUAGUUAAAGUGUCUAAAAAUGAAGGAAUACUUGAACUACGUUGUCCAGAAUAGACUUCUGGUUUUCAGCCUGGCAGCUGUUGGCCUGGGGAUUGCUUUUGGCUUGAUUGUCAAGACCUAUGUCCCUCUUUCACAUGUUGACAACCUCACUUACGUCAUGGCCUUCCCAGGAGAAAUCCUCAUGCAGAUGUUCCAGCUACUUACCAUUCCUAUCAUUGUGACAAGUCUGGUUAGGGGACUGUCUACUGGACCGAGCAUUGAGACCUCACCAAAAAUAGCCAAGGGUGCAGCAGUGUACUUUAUCUUCACGACUCUGAUGUCUGUGAGUUUAGGAUUAGUAUUGGUUCUGCUGUUGAAGCCUGGGGUGUCUCAUACUGCUGACCACGACGAGGCAGAAGAUGAGAAACAGUUCUGCACUAUUUAUGACAUAUUGGACCUUCUAAGAAACAUCAUGCCACCGAAUCUGGUUCAGGCUAGCUACCAACAGUACAAGACUGAGAAGCAGGAGUUUGAAAGUCACGCAGUCGAGUCAAAUUCUAGCCAUGAAUCGAAUGAAACUGAGCUGCACCUGGUGGGUGAAUAUGUUGAUGGGACCAACACGCUGGGUCUCAUUAUAUGCUCCGUUGUUACUGGACUGGCCCUCAAGACGAUGGGAGAAAGUGGGGAAAUUCUCCUGGACGUCUUUACCACCCUUAACGAGAUCACAAAAUACGUGGUCAACUUGAUUCUGUGGUACGUGCCAUUUGGAUUGCUGUUCUUGAUAACAAACCAUGUUGUUGGGGCUCACGACUGGAACACUGCCUACAGUCUGGUGAAGUUCAUGGCUUUGGUUGUUAUUGGGCUCAUAAUCCAUGGAGCAAUAGUUCUACCAACGAUCUAUCUCCUGUUGGUGAGACGAAGCCCCUGGCCCGUCAUUAAGGGGGUAUCUCCUGCCUUAAUGAGCGCAGUACGCCUCUCGUCCAGCUCUGCCACACUGCCGCUCAUCCUACAAUGCUGUGAGGAGAGAAACAGGAUCGACCGCAGAAUCACCCGCUUCAUGCUGCCUAUCGGGGCCAACGUCAACAUGGACGGAACUGCCCUAUACGCGGUGAUGGCAGCAGUUUUCAUUGCUCAACUCAACGACAUCACUCUGGACCUGAGCCAGACACUCACCAUUGGAGCGACAUCAGCCCUCUCCACCACAGGAACAGCAGGGCUGCCGUCGACAGGAGCAGUGACCACAUUCUUUAUCUUGUCUGCAGCCAGUUUACCUGCGAAAGAAGCGUGCAUCUUGGUGCUUGUAGAAUGGCUGCUAGACCACUGCAACACCGGUGUCGAUGUUUUGGGAGACUGCAUCGGCGUGGCACUUGUCCACCAUCUGUCCGGAUAUAAACUGGAAGAAAUGGAAGGAGAAAAUCAGGACAUGGCAAGGACGGGUACCAUCCAGGAACCAUAGGACCAUUCCAGCACUUCCUUUCAGUCCGCUUAAAGCCGGCCACCACUAUAAUCACUCCAAGUUAUUUUACUUUUUUGUGUGACAAUAAAUAAAUAAUAUGAAGCUACA